AUGUCGAGCACCAACCCAUUGGCAGCGCAUUUGGUGCAAUUCGCAUACAUUCCAUCCGCAGUCUUGAUCGGCGCCGCGACACUUUUCAAGAAGGAACUGAUCCCUCUGGCAAUUGCUGUGGCAGUCGCAUUGACCGGCUUCCAGCUCGUCACUGGCGGAACCAAGACACCGACACCGGCCGUACCUGCGCCCUCCCAACCAAAAACUGUCCUGAAGCCAGACGAGUUCCAGGAAUUCCCCAUCACCAAGAAGACGCAGAUCUCCCACAACACCGCCAUCUACCGCUUCUCCCUCCCAACCGAAGAUGCCAUCCUCGGCCUUCCCAUCGGUCAGCACAUCUCCCUCGCCGCGACUCUCGAUGUCAAGGACCCAAAGACUGGCGAAGUCACGACGAAAGAGGUUGUGCGCUCAUACACCCCAAUCUCAUCCGACAACGAGAAGGGCUACUUUGAUCUAAUUGUCAAGAGCUAUCCUACUGGCAACAUCUCCCGCCAUCUCGCUACACUCAAUGUCGGCGAUAAGAUGAAGGUCCGGGGUCCGAAGGGUGCCAUGGUCUACACCCCCAACAUGGCUCGUCAUAUCGGUAUGAUUGCUGGUGGAACUGGCAUCACUCCAAUGCUGCAGGUCGCUCGAGCCAUUCAACGUGGAAGGAAGGCUGGCGACAAGACCAAGGUCGACCUGAUCUUCGCCAACGUCAACCCAGAGGACAUCCUGCUCAAGGACGAUCUCGACAAGCUAGCGGCCGAGGACGAGCACUUCAACGUCUACUAUGUCCUGAACAACCCACCGGAGACCUGGGCAGGCGGCGUUGGCUUCGUCACCGGUGAAAUGAUCAAGGGACGUCUUCCACCACCAGCCAAGGAUGUCAAGCUCCUUCUGUGCGGUCCUCCACCGAUGGUGUCUGCCAUCAAGAAGGCUGCCGAGUCGCUCGGAUAUGCAAAGGCAAGGCCUGUCAGCAAGCUCGAGGACCAGGUCUUCGCGUUCUAA